CGCGAGCUCGGCUCCGCAACCUGCGUGUUUUGCAUUCGAUGGAGAUGCCCUUCGGAGAGGCACGCCCGGAAAACGGCGCCGGGCUAGUCCCUACCGACAACUCGGCCCCUCACAAAGUGGAUCUUAGCAGCAAGAUUAAAGAACAAAAAGUUGUUGUGGAUGAACUUUCUAACUUGAAGAAAAACAGGAAAGUAUAUAGACAGCAACAGAACAGCAACAUAUUCUUUCUUGCAGACCGAACAGAAAUGCUUUCUGAAAGCAAAAAUUUAUUGGAUGAGCUGAAAAAAGAAUACCAAGAAAUAGAAAACUUAGAGAAGACCAAAAUCAAGAAAUAGUCAACUUGAUUUUACAUAACAAUGUGUGGCAUUUGUUGUUCUGUAAGCUUUUCUGUCGAACAUUUCAGCAAAGAUUUGAAAGAGGAUUUACUACAUAAUCUUAAACGACGGGGACCCAAUAGUAGCAAACAGUUGUUAAAGUCUAAUGUUAACUACCAGUGUUUAUUUUCUGGUCAUGUCCUUCACUUAAGAGGUGUUUUGACUGCCCAGCCUGUGGAAGAUGAAAGAGGCAAUGUGUUCCUGUGGAAUGGAGAAGUCUUUAGUGGAGUAAAGGUUGAAGCCAAAGAGAA